UGUAGUGCGGGACGGUAAUGUGGCUGAGAAUUUAAGGUUCUGGCAUUGCUCCUCGAACUCGAAAUUUUCGGUUCGUUUAAGGUUUGAAUCUGGUACCAGUUUAUUUGGAUCUUGGGGGUUCGGAAUCGAGGAAGCCGAAAUUGAAGUGUAUUCGUUUUGUCAUCAUUAUUAUUAUUACUAUUACUAUUCGAUUUUGAAUAAACAUUUUAGGGUUUGGUUUUGUAUUGAGUGCAUUGCAUUGAUCGAAGAGUGGAUGGUAUGAAGGAGGCGUUGUUAGGGGGAGAGAGGAAGAGAGAGAAGUUGGUUUGGGAAGGGUUGAUGAUGAUGAUGGGUUUGAAGGGAGAGAGUAAUAAUAAGGUUGAGAAGCUAAGGAAUUCAGUGGUUGCGGCAACGGCGUCGUCGAGGUCAUCGAAAAUGAAGCUAUGGAUGAUACGUGCGACCACAUCGGUGUUACUGUGGACGUGCAUCGUUCAGUUAACUGCGUUCGGUGAUAUGUGGGGGCCUAGAGUUUUGAAAGGCUGGCCUUCUUGUUUUACCCAUGAAUCCGCUCUCAUUGAAUUUCCUUCUUCUGCGCACCCAAGAGUUCUACCACCCAAGAGGGUUUAUAAAAACAACGGUUACCUGAUGGUGUCGUGCAAUGGAGGACUGAACCAAAUGAGGGCAGCGAUAUGUGACAUGGUGGCCAUUGCAAGAUAUUUAAAUGUCACGCUUAUAGUCCCCGAACUGGAUAAAGCGUCCUUUUGGGCUGACCCCAGUGAGUUCCAAGAUAUAUUUGAUGUGGAUCAUUUUAUUACAUCCUUGAGAGAUGAGGUGCGGAUAUUGAAGGAGUUGCCUCCUAGACUUAAGCUGAAAGUGGAAAAUGGGUUACUUUACAGCAUGCCGCCGAUUAGUUGGUCUGACAUAUCUUACUAUAAGAACCAGAUUCUACCUUUGAUACAAAAGUACAAAGUUGUCCAUUUAAAUCGAACAGAUGCUCGGCUAGCCAAUAAUGGCCAACCUUUAGAGAUUCAGAAGCUGCGUUGCCGAGUCAAUUUUAGUGCUCUUAGAUUUACUUCUCAGAUUGAGGAAUUAGGCAGAAAGGUGAUCAAGCUGCUGAGGCAAAAUGGCCCAUUUCUGGUGCUUCAUCUUAGGUAUGAGAUGGACAUGUUGGCAUUUUCUGGUUGUACUCAAGGUUGCAGCAGUGAUGAGGUGGAAGAAUUGACAAGGAUGAGAUAUGCUUAUCCUUGGUGGAAAGAGAAAAUGAUAAAUUCUGAUUUGAAAAGAAAAGAUGGUUUGUGCCCUUUAACACCUGAGGAGACUGCCCUCACACUUAGGGCUCUUGACAUUGAUCAAAACAUUCAAAUCUACAUUGCAGCUGGGGAAAUAUAUGGUGGGGAAAGGAGAAUGGCAAGUCUUGCAAAGAACUAUCCAAAAUUGGUCAGAAAGGAAACACUGUUGGAACCAUCUGACCUUCAGUUCUUCCAAAAUCAUUCCUCUCAGAUGGCGGCACUUGAUUAUCUUGUCUCAUUAGAGAGUGAUAUCUUUGUUCCUACAUAUGAUGGAAAUAUGGCCAAAGUAGUUGAGGGCCAUCGCAGAUAUCUUGGGUUCAAGAAGACGAUUUUAUUGAACAGAAAGCUCCUAGUUGAUUUGAUAGAUCAAUACAAUAAUGGAGUAUUGAACUGGGAUGAAUUCUCUUUAGCUGUGAAGGAAGCUCAUGCUGAUCGGAUGGGUGGUGCAACUAAAAGAUUGGUAAUCCCUGACAGGCCCAAAGAAGAGGAUUAUUUCUUUGCCAAUCCAGAGGAGUGUUUACAACCGUUAGAUGAUCUGUUGAGUAGUGCAACGUGAGUGAUGUGUUUGGAAAUAAUGGAAGUUACCUGUGCCCUCUCCUGGUGCACUUGAUUUUCUUCCACGAAUACUAAGAUAGGUCUCUACGCAGUUAUAGCAAAGAUGACAGCUUUUUGUAUCAAAGAGGCAGUCAUAGUGCCUGUUAGAAGAAGGGGUAGGGGGGAUACACUUUUCAUGAAAGCUCAAGAAGGUCAAGCAAAUUAACCGGGGAAUACUUUAUAUAUAGAAUAUGCAAAUAAUCCAUCACUUUCAUGUAUAGAAGCUACCCUGCCAUUACAGGGUGAGAGCAGAUCAAUCUGCAUUGUACACGGAGGGAUUCAUAUACAAAUUUGGAUUUCUGG